CCAAUAUUGAAAUUUGACAGAACUCGUGUAGUGUCAGUACGACACGAGUGCACCGCCGGUUUUAUCAAUGGAAAACGCUAUAAAAUUAUGAGAUGCGUGUCAAUAUCGUGUCAGUCAGUAUUCAGUAUUUGAUUUUGAAGUUUUUAGUUUGGAGCAAUUCAAAAAAUGAAACUUCCAGUGUUAAAGUUAAUACUUUUAAUGAAUGUUUAUAAUGUUGCGACUGGACAGCAGAAGAAACAGGGAUAUUCGAUGACUGAAAGGGUUCAACAGUUGACUGACAUGUCAAAUAAAAGGGCAGUAUUGAGGUUCAAUGCCAAUAAGUUUCGAGACUUUGUGAAGUCCAGCCCUAGGAAUUAUUCUGUUGUUAUUAUGUUCACAGCCAUGGCUCCCCAAAGGCAAUGUCAAGUAUGCAGACAUGCAAGUGAUGAGUUUACAAUAGUUGCAAACUCCUUUAGAUAUUCACAGUCAUAUUCAAAUAAAUUAUUUUUUGCUGUUGUCGACUUCGAUGAAGGAUCAGAUGUAUUUCAAAUGCUGAGACUCAAUACUGCUCCAGUAUUUAUUCACUUUCCUCCCAAAGGGAAACAAAAAAAAGCAGAUACAAUGGAUAUACAACGAGUUGGAUUUGCUGCAGAAACUCUAGCAAAAUGGAUUGCAGAGAGAACUGACAUUCAGAUUCGUGUAUUUAGACCACCAAACUAUUCAGGAACUCUGGCAUUGAUAGUAUUAUUUGCUAUAGUUGCAGCAUUUCUGUAUUUACGAAGGAAUAAUUUGGAGUUUCUUUAUAAUAAAACAAUGUGGGGAAUGGGAGCAUUAUUUUUUUGUUUUGCAAUGACUUCAGGACAAAUGUGGAAUCAUAUUAGAGGACCUCCAUUUAUUCAUAAAAAUAAUAAUGGUCAAAUAGCAUACAUACAUGGGUCGUCUCAAGGACAAUUCGUAUUGGAAACAUACAUUGUCAUGUUUCUAAAUGCUGCUGUCGUGUUGGGAAUUAUAUUGUUGACAGAAGCUGCUAAAGGCAAGGGUGAUCCAAAGAAACGAAAGAUGUCUGCAGUUGUUGGGCUCAUUUUGGUAUCAGUUUUCUUCUCAUUACUCUUAUCUACAUUCAGGACAAAAACACAAGGUUACCCUUACAGCUUCCUUUUCAAGUGAAUUUCUGUGAGAGAUCGACAUCAAUAGUUUACCAUUACUUUGAACAAUGUUGUAUAUACGGAUUUUUGAAAUUGUGUAUUUCCAUCCAAGAAAAAUAAAGUGAGAGUAAUGUUUG